AUGGGAAAACCGAAGGGAAUUCGUACGGCUCGUAAGCUGAAGAUUCAUCGUCAAUCUCAACGAUGGUGUGACAAGGCGUACAAGAAAGCUCACCUUGGUACUCGUUGGAAGUCCAAUCCAUUCGGAGGUGCCUCUCAUGCCAAGGGAAUCGUCCUGGAAAAGAUCUUUGCCAGCCGUCAAAUUGAGCUAGAUUAUUUCGAGUGGCUUUGGGUGAGUGGUGUUGAAGCCAAGCAACCCAAUUCCGCCAUUCGUAAGUGUGUCCGUGUCCAACUUAUUAAAAACGGGAAGAAGAUUACUGCGUUUGUUCCUAAUGAUGGUUGCUUGAAUUUCGUUGAGGAAAACGAUGAGGUGCUCGUUUCUGGUUUCGGUCGAUCUGGUCACGCCGUCGGAGACAUUCCCGGUGUUCGUUUCAAGAUUGUGAAGGUCGCUAACACAUCACUUUCUGCCUUGUUUAAAGGGAAGAAGGAGAGACCACGUUCAUAA